AAACAAAUUUUGUCCUAACCUCAAAUGUCAUUAAUUAAUGUAUUUAUCAAAAAAGCUAAUCUACAAACAAAUAAAAUGUAAUUAUAGUUUUAUGAAUGCAAUUUUUAUCAUCUGAAAACCCCACGUAUUAACUAGAAUUAUGUAAUAUAAAAAUAUUUUUUCAAUGUGAUAAGUUUAGUGGUUUGGGGCCCAAAAUGGCUAGACAGGAUUCUUUGUGUAACCAAUCACUUUUGGAGGCCGGCGACCGCCCUUUGGAGAGGCCGCUGGGAGAGCCGGGAGACGUGAAAACACAGUUUGUGACUAGGGAGGGCACGUACCGCCUAAUGACACUCAGUGAAUACUCUAGGCCCAAUAGAGUUGGAUACCAGCCUCAGGGGCAAACUCCCCCUCAAGUGAAAGUAUCACUGGUCACAUUGCCUGAUACAAGUGAAAGAAUCUGCUUUAACCAUGCAAGAGAACUAUAUGUUUAUGUGUACAAAGGUAUAAAGAAGGCAGCUGAUUUAAGUAAACCUUUGGAAAAAAGGAUUUACAAGGGGACUAAUCCUACCUGUCAUGAUUUUAAUUCCAGUUCUGCCUCAGUAGAUGGAGUUAACUUAUUAAUAGGUUUUAGUACUGGCCAAAUUCAACUAAUAGAUCCUAUAAAAAAGGAAAUAACUAAAUUAUUUAAUGAAGAAAGAUUAAUUGAUAAGAGUAGAGUGACAUGUUUAAAAUGGGUUCCUGGUAGUAGAUCUCUUUUUCUAUCUGCUCAUGCUUCAGGACAAUUUUAUGUUUACAAUGAAGAACUGCCAUGUGGUUCUGCAGCCCCUCACUAUCAGCCUUUCAAAGCUGGGGAUGGGUUCACUGUGAAUACUUGUAAGACUAAAUCAACACGAAACCCCUUGUUUAGGUGGCUGUUGGGGACAGGGGCAGCAAUAAAUGACUUGGCAUUCAGCCCAAAUGGAUUGCAACUGGCUGUGGUUUCUCAGGAUGGAAUAUUAAGAGUAUUUCAGUAUGAUAGUAUGGAACUGUUGGGUUCAGCCCGAUCAUAUUUUGGAGGUUUAUUGUGUGUGGCUUGGUCUGGAGAUGGGCAAUUAAUUGCUGUAGGUGGAGAAGAUGACUUGGUUACUGUUUAUUCCAUGGAACAGAAACGGGUGGUUGCAAGGGCUCAAGGACACAGGUCUUGGAUAGCAGCAGUGGCAUUUGAUUGGUUUUUGGAAGCAGAAUCAUGUUAUAGAAUAGGAUCAGUAGGUCAUGACACACAAAUUUGUCUAUGGGAAAUACCUGAAGAUAAUGUGGCUCCCCCAAGGCCCAGGGUAAAAAGAAAACCAGAUCCCCUGCUACUGGUAGGCACCCCUGCCUGUCCCAGACUUGAUGAAUGCCCCAUUUUGGAGCCUCUAGUUUGUAAAAAAAUUGCUCAUGAAAGGUUAACAGCCAUAGGUUUUAGACCAGAUUGUAUUAUUACAGCAUGUCAGGACGGUUAUGUUUACACAUGGGCAAGGCCCCCAUCAUAAUACAAAAUAAUAUUUUUGUAAAUUACUAAAGUACUUUUUGUAAUCUAUUUUUUGUACAA